UCAUAACAUUGACGACGUUCUUGUCAUUGCAUCUAGAAGGAACGAACUACAACGUGCGGAAUUGUAUCGUAGCUCGUCGUUUUGUGGUGAAAUACAGAGUUUAAAUAUGUCUCUGAAUACAGCCCACGCAAACAAUGGUGUGCUUAUUUAUUCUGGAGAAUGCAUCCUGUUGUACUGUGAUAACGUCGUCAUGGAGUUUAGCGGACAAGAUAAACCAGAAUUUAAGGGUGAUAAAGCAGGAAGGCUUUAUUUGACAACACACAGGAUGAUUUUUAACAAUUCAAAUGCAAAGGAUCCUCUUCUUAGUUUCAGCUUUCCAUUUUGCACUAUGAAAAAUGUUGAAUUAGAGCAACCAAUGUUUGGAGCAAACUACAUCAAAGGCAAAGUACGUGCACAGCCCAAUGGUGGAUGGAUAGGAGAAGUCAAGUUCAAGCUCCACUUCAAACAUGGUGGUGCCAUUGAAUAUGGUCAAGCAAUGUUGCAGGCUGCUGGAUUAACAAAACGUAAUCAUCAGUACACUGAUGAACCACCAGCCUAUCAGCCACCCACUGGACCCUGGCAUGAUGCUGCUCCACCAACCUAUUCUCCUCCAAGUGGCUACUAUGGGUGGGUACCUCCACCAUCUGAUGCAUUUCCUAAUGCUCCUCCUGCAAAUUCAGUUUACAUGACUGAUAUGCCUCCACCAUAUCCUGGAAUUAACACUGGUGGAUAUACACCAUCUGCACAUGAUGCUAAGGCUGCUGAAGCUGCUGCGAGUGGAACAGCAUAUUACGACCCUAAUACCCAUUACGCUUAUGUUCCUCCGGCAUACUCGAACGAAGCUCCGCCCAGCUAUGAAGAGAGCAAAGAGAAGAAAUACAAAUAAAAGCCAUCUAGUACGCCGAACGGUUGGAAAUUUUCUUUAUUCUCCUAUACUUUGAUUGAAAUAUUUAAAACAAAAUUUACUCGUCUAUUCGGUGUCGACCUAAUUAUAUUGCAUUCCUUAUUCCCGCUUAACGAGGAUAUAUUCUGUAGUUUAUGUUUGCGUCGCAAUCUCUAGUCGUUUUUUCGAUUAUUGUCUAAUAGCUUUAGGGUGUAGAUGGUCGGUCCCACGUGACCUUAAAUUCAUUUUGGCUCUUGUAUUCAAUAAGAAAAUUGUAUCCUUGAAUAGAGAAUUUGUCGCGCA